AUGAUUUCUUCUUCAUUAAAACGCUUUUGUAAAUCUUCAAUAAAGAAAUGUCAAUGGUCUCCGAUAAUUUCCGAUGAAUAUCUUCAUUUACCUGAUGUUCAAUCAAUGAUCGUUGCUCGUAUCAAAGAUCGUCGUUUAACAGCGGAAAUUCUCGAUUUAAUCGAUGAAAUUUAUCCGUGGGAGAAUUCAUUGAAACACAUUCGACGAAUUUACAAUUCGGAGAUUAUUCUUUAUCCAUCGAAAUUUCCCCAACCGAUUUCAAAUGAUUUGUUUGAAAAGUAUUUUGAUGAACAAACCAGAGAAAUCAAUGUUCCGAAAACACCUUGUUUAGCCAAAUGGCAAUAUGACCAAUGUAUUCAACAGUUUUGGCCAAGUUUGGUCUUUCGAGAAAACAAAAUUCUGGAACAAAUGAUUUCGAAGAAGAAAUUGAAUGAAAAUGACGAAAUUAUUCUCGAUUUACUCCAUAAAAUUCAAGAUGAUGAUGAAGAAUCUCAUUGUGCGAUUAUUGUUGAUAAUGAUGGACAAAUUCCUCUUGUUGGUUCACGUGAUUAUCGACAAGAUCAUCCAUUACAACAUUCAACCAUCGUGGCCAUUGAUUAUCUCUCAAAAACUUCAUUUUAUCAUCGAGAAAAUCUUUUAGAAAACUUCAUUGAAAAAAGUCAAAAGAAAAAAGCAUAUUUAUUAAACGGAUGUUCUAUUUAUUUAACUCACGAACCGUGUAUCAUGUGUGCUAUGGCUUUACUUCAUUCGAGAAUAUCAACAGUUUAUUAUGUGAAAUCAAAUGAUCGAUUUGGAGCAUUGGGAUCAAUUUAUAAAUUAAAUACUUUGAAGAAAACUAAUCAUCGAUUUCUGGUUUAUCAAUUAGAAGAUCUUUCUCUUGAUGAAGUGAAUAAUUGA